CUUGAAACAGCCAGUCCCUUUCGUCUUAUGUGGUCGUAACCUCGAUUUGGUUGCCGCUUGGAAGCAUUUUUUUCUUUGUUUCCUAUUCAAACACCGUGCUUCGUGUCUAUUCAGUCCUUGUUCUGGUACAUUUGCCCAUUGUCGUUUUGGUCUUUUUCUUUUUUUUCUUCUUUGGAAGACGUGUGCGUGUGUAUGUGUCUCUCUCUCUCUUUUAUUUUUCUGUUCUCUCCCUCUUCUAUCUCUUUCGGGUUACUUUCACACAUCAACCUGUAACUUGAAACUCACAUUGUUCACCUGUCUCGCCCCUCACGUCAGGGUGCUGACAGAUUGAAGCCGGCUUCUUCUCUCCCACCUGCGAAUCGCCACGUAGACGAUCGUUCGCCAUCGAGCGGUCUUCAUAUGCCAUUUUAUCAUCGAACAGAAGCGAUCUCCUCCCUUUAGUUUUACCUUACUUAUCGACGCCCGAGAGUGCCACCCUUAUCAAUACCCGCAAGGGCGCUUCGAACGAUGAGGCUCUCCUACGGCCUCGCCCUAUUGGGUGCUGCUUCCAGCCUCGCCGCGCAUUCGAAAGUAACGCCGCGCGACUUCAACACCAAUGACUACUACGUCCUCCACCUAGCCCGUGAUACAUCACCCACCUCCGUUGCGCGAGAACUCGGUUUGACACACGUUGGCCAACUUGGAGAGCUUGAUAGUCAUCACGUCUUCUCUGCCCAAAAAGCGCCACAUGACAUCGUCAAGCGAGGUCUGGAUAAGCGAGGUCUGGAACGGCGUGGUCCCUUCAGCAGCAGCGCUCUAGACGGUGUCCUGUUCUCGGAGAAGCAGGCUUUGCGGAGCCCUUGGCCGAAGAGAGUACCUCCGUCCCCUCGCGCUGGACCAAGCCCUCUGCGGGACCGCCAGGAGGAUGCUCCAGACGCCAAUGCUGUCAAGAAGCUGACACAGGUCGCCAGGACGUUGAACAUCGAGGAUCCCAUCUUCCUGGAACAAUGGCAUCUGUUUAAUUCUGUCCAAUUAGGCCAUGACGUGAAUGUUACAGACGUUUGGUUGAAUGGCGUCACUGGAAAGAAUGCCACUGUUUCAAUCGUCGAUGAUGGCCUCGACAUGUACAGUGACGAUCUGAAAGGCAACUACUACGCAAAGGGUUCAUACGACUUCAAUGACAAGACUGAAGAGCCCAAGCCCAGGCUAUCUGACGACAGGCACGGUACUCGUUGUGCUGGAGAAGUGGCAGCCGUCCGGAAUAAUGUCUGUGGUGUGGGCGUCGCCUUCGACGCAAAGGUCUCAGGUUUGCGUAUUCUGAGCAAGCUUAUAAGCGACGCCGAUGAGGCCGUCGCUCUGAACUACGACUUUCAUAACAAUCACAUUUACUCUUGCUCUUGGGGGCCUCCGGAUGACGGCAAAAGCAUGGACGCCCCGGGGCUUUUAAUUCGACGUGCCAUGUUGAAUGCCGUGCAAAAGGGCCGGGACGGAAAAGGCUCAAUCUAUGUUUUUGCUAGUGGAAACGGAGCCGCCAACGAGGACAACUGCAACUUUGAUGGGUACACCAACAGCAUCUACAGCAUCACCGUGGGUGCCAUUGAUAGGAAGGGCUUGCAUCCAUACUACUCGGAGGCCUGCUCCGCCAACUUGGUCGUCACAUACUCUUCUGGUAGUGGAGACGCCAUUCACACCACAGAUGUCGGCACAAACCAGUGCUACAAUGGGCACGGAGGCACAUCAGCAGCAGCUCCUCUAGCCGCAGGAAUUUUUGCUCUCGUCUUGGAGGUCCGCCCAGAUCUUACCUGGAGAGACAUGCAAUAUCUUGCCUUCAUGACGGCCGUGCCGCUCAACCUCGAUUCUGGCGAUUGGCAGGAUACCACUAUCGGCAAGAAGUACAGUCACACAUACGGCUACGGCAAGGUUGAUAGUUUCGCCAUCGUGGAGGCUGCCAAGACUUGGAAGCUCGUCAAGCCUCAGGCGUACUUCUUCUCGCCUUGGAUCCACGUGAAGCAUGGUAUUCCUGAGGGUGAUGCAGGCCUUGCUACGAAAUUCGAGGUUACUGAAGAUAUGCUUGCCAAGGCAAACCUGGAGCGGAUUGAGCAUGUCACUGUAACCAUGAACAUAGAGCACUCUCGCCGUGGCGAUCUCAGCGUGGACCUCAUCAGUCCAAACAAGGUCAUCAGCCAUCUCUCGGUCACGAGACGCCUUGAUAACGCCAAGUCGGGCUACAAAGACUGGACUUUCAUGAGUGUUGUGCACUGGGGUGAGUCGGGAGUUGGCACCUGGACCAUUGUGGUCAGAGACACCAAGGUCAACGAAUUCCAAGGCAACUUCACAGAUUGGCAUCUCAAGCUGUGGGGUGAAGCUCGGGAUGCUUCGAAAGCAGUACUUUUGCCCAUGCCAACAGAAAAUGACGACAAGGAUCACGACAGGCCGACCACAACCACGGCCGCAGCCGAGACGAUCACUAUGCCGCCCGGUUCAGCAUCGACCCCCGACAAGCCCCUCACCACCCCAUCUAGCGACCACCCCGACCGACCAGUCAAUAACAAGCCGACGGGGACAGGGGCUCCCGCCUCUCAGGUCACUACUGAUCAGGGAUCGACCGUUAGCGGAAGCCCGGCCACCCAAUCAAACUCUUCAUGGCUUCCAUCCUUUUUGCCCACAUUUGGCGUCUCUUCGCGCACUCAAGUCUGGAUAUACGGCGCCUUGGGGUUGAUUGUAGUCUUCUGUAUCGGUCUCGGCAUUUAUCUAUUCAUGGCUCGCCAGCGCAGGCUGCGCAACAGCCCACGGGACAACUAUGAGUUUGAGUUGCUUGACGAGGAGGAGGCCGAGGGCUUGAACCGUGGUGAAAAAGGCUUCGCGGCCGGCCAGAAAGGACGUAAAACCCGAGGCGGUGAGCUGUAUGACGCCUUUGCUGGUGGAAGUGAUGAUGAAGACGAGUUUGCUACAGAGCAGUAUCAUGACCGCGCUGAAGCUAGCGCUCAAAGGACGCAUGAUGAUGAUGACGAAGAUGAUGAUGGGCAUCAUGUCAUCGGAGACGAUUCGGAAGACGAGGAUGAGAAAAGGCCUAUGACUUCACGAUGAAGAGCAUGGAGCGAAGUCACAUAGUAUAUAGAUCUUCGGUAUGUGUUGGUUUACUAUGCCGCAUUUUCGAUGGUCCUCGGAAGGUUGCGUGGAAGGUUGGACGUCAAAGAGCCUUGAAUUCGUUGCGUGAAGCGAUGUAAUGUGCGACCUACCUCUCAAGUAUUUUUAUAGUUGUGCCCUUGAAAAUAAGAACGCAUUUUUUUCUUCUA